AUGAGAGAAAUUAAGAUCUUGAUAUGUGGACUCUUUGUGUGCAUCUUCAGUAUAACACCUUUGUCAACACAGGAUGUUGAUUUAGAUGAAAUUUGUCAAGGAAUGCCAAAUGGAACUUAUGUGCCAGAUCCUUUAGCAUGCGAAUCAUUCUACCUAUGUUUAACAGAUGAACCACCACGAUGGGCAGAGUGCCCAAAUGAUUACUGGUUCAAUCCUGAUACAGCUGUUUGCGAUUUGCAGGAAAAUGUUGAUUGCGUGCACGUUACAACUGAACCCCCUACAACUACGACAACAACUACAACGACAACAACUGUCGCUACAACAACCUGGGAUCCAGAUAUUGAGCCUGGAAUUUAUUGUCCAAGUCAAGACAAUCCCUUUACCAUUCUCUUCCUUCAGAGUUUUGUUGAUUGUGGCACGUACUACAUUUGCUACCAUGGACGUCCCCAUCGGUUUCAGUGUGUUUCGGGAAUGUAUUGGAAUCCCUUCUGGAAUCAAUGCGACUACCCACAGAAUACUCACUGUCAAAUCAAUCCGAAUCCUUUUCCUGUGUGCCCAAGGAAUGGCUUGUCUAUCUUUCCACAUCCUGAUGAAUGUGAUUCAUAUAUUUACUGUCUCAAUGGGGAACCAUCAAUCCAGAAAUGCCCUUUCUAUCAUCACUGGGAUAUUGGAAGUCAAUCCUGCAUGUUGAGAGAUAGAGCCAGAUGCGUUUCUGACUAA